UUUAAAGAAUUUAAGUGAGGAUCGACGGGCUAAAGCAGUGACAAUUAAUUGUCGAUUCUCUAUUGUUAUAGAUGAAUCAAAUUAUUUCAUUGCUGUCUCGAAUCCUCAUCUUAUAAAUCGACAAUUUUGGUCACGUUUGAAGAUAAAUACAAGUAUUAUAAACAUACGUAAUGGAGAAAUUACAAUUUGAAUUCAUCGUGAAAGCGAAGCCGGAUGAUAAUAAAACCAAUAUUUAUGCCAUAACUACUAUCACGGAUACACAAGGCCAAACUUAUAUUAUGCCUCGAGAAUAUCAAUCGGUGCAGUUACACAAAGAAAUAAUGAAACAUGAAAUAUUUGACAAAAUAAAGAAAUCUCUCCAAAAAAGGCAUGAUAAGAGACAGGUUUGGAUUACAUUAACUAAGGAUAUGAAAAGUACAUACUUGGAUGAUGGCAACAUACAAUUUGAUGGGUAUUUGCUUGAAAAAUUAGAACCAAGUCAAGAGUCGUCAUCGACAGAGUCAUUGUCGAAGAAAAUAGGAAAUAAAACAAAACUAUUAGCAGAAUUUUCAAUACAGAAGUUUUCAAGAAAUACAACAAAUGUUCAACAAUGGUUAGAUACUUAUGAAAGUGAAUGUGCGCGCUUACAAAUAGAUACAGAUUUACGAAAGAUAGAAAUGCUAAGAUUACUAUUAGAAGAUACGUGUUUGGAUUGGUACACCUCCAUGAUUAUAAAAUAUACAAUUGAUUCGGAGUGGUCUGUAUGGAAGAAGAGUUUAUGUGAAGCAUUUGCCGAUAAAGGUUGGUUACCAAUCCGAUAUGCUAUUAAUUUUAAAUACAUACAAGGAUCAAUGUUAGAAUACGCUCUAAAAAAAGAGAGACUAUUACUAGAAACUAACAAAUCAAUAGAUAAGAAAACUCUAAUUUACUUGAUUGCCACUGGUCUACCAAAUUUCAUAAUGGAUAAAAUAGACAGAGAAAGCCUUAAAGAAGUGAAUGACUUAUUUAACUGUAUAAGAGGACUAGAAACUUUUGCAAGAAAAUAUGAUACGAAGAAAACCCAAAGCACAGGAAAUACAUACAUUAAACCAGAAAUAAAACAAACUGGAAAAAAGUCCUGCAAGAUUUGUGAAAAUAAUGGAAAAUUUAAUAGAUUUCACCCCGAGAAUGUUUGCUGGUACAGCCGUAAUAAUAAAAUAACUGACAAAAAAUCAUUUAAUUCUAAUUCAAUACUGGAAGUUGAACUCAAUAAUGAAGACCAAAAAAACUAAAUCUCCCUCCACUAAUUGAGAUAACAGUAAUGUUAAACAAUACAUUAAAAGCCAAGGCGCUGUAUGAUCCUGGUUCACGAAUAACAUUAAUUAAUUCUAAAUUAGUUCAGAUAGCAAAUAAGAAACCAAAUAACUGCUAUAAAACAAUAAAAACAAUAAGUGGAGGAGGAGAAACUAAAGGUUUAAUUACACUGGAUGCAGAAUUAUUAAACAGAAAGAAUAAAAUAAAUGCAUUUAUAUUUGAAAACGAACAUUUUAAUUAUGAUUUAAUACUAGGAUUAGAUUCAAUAUAUACAUUUGGGUUGACUCAUGAUGAGAAUUUAAAUAUCCAGAUACACAAAACAAACAAUUCUAAAAUAAGUAGCAAUGAAGAUGAAAAUACACAAACUAAUAAUAUGGAAAUAAAUAUAGAAGGAAAAGAGUAUGCAGUAAACUUCAAUGAAGGUAUAGAUACAAACCAAUUUAAUAUAGAUACAAGAUUCUUAAACACUGAACAAAGGAAACAGAUAAAUAUGUUAUUGGAGAAUUACUCUGAAAUAUUUGCAAGGAACAAAUAUGACACUGGAAAAGUAAAAAUGUAUGAAGCCUGUAUAGAUUUGCAAAUUGAAAAGUAUUGUUAUAAAAGACCAUAUAGAUGUUCAGUUCAAGAUAAGAUCGAAAUAGAAAAUCAAAUUUCACAGCUAUUAAAACACGGAUUAAUUGAGGAAUCUUAUAGUCCUUUUGCCGCACCGGUUACUUUAGCUUUUAAAAGAGAUGAAGGAAAAAGAAGUAGACUAUGCAUAGAUUUCAGAGAUUUAAAUAAAAUAAUUAUACCUCAAUCACAACCAUUUCCACUAAUAGAAGACCUACUAACUAAAACAAUAAAUUGUAAUUAUUUUACAACCAUGGACAUAAAUUCAGCAUUUUGGUCCAUUCCUUUGAAAAUAACGGAUCGAUACAAAACUGGUUUUGUAACUCAGGAAGGUCAUUACCAAUGGACUUGCUUACCCUUCGGACUGAAGACAUCUCCAGCCAUAUUUCAACGGAUUUUGGGAAAUAUUAUGAGAAAACAUGGUCUGACAGGAUUUGCAGUGAAUUUCAUCGAUGACAUAUUGAUAUUUUCUAAAACAUUUGAGGAACAUAUCACACAUAUAAAAAAGUUGCUGGAUGCUAUUAGAGAAGAAGGCUUCCGACUAAAAUUAACAAAAUGUAAGUUUGC